AUGGGCUGUCCCCGCUGCAGACGGGCAGCUGGCAGGGGGCAGCUGGCCGCAUGUCGGUUUCUGGAAGACGGUCGCGUAGGAGAGGCCAAUGAAGGCUGUGGAGCAGCGCCCACCCCAGAUCGCGCUUGGGUGCCCAUGGGCCAGCAGCUUGGUUUGCCGGCGGCGGCACGCGCAACCAAGGAGGAGGUGCUGGGUAGUGGUGGUGGUGGGCGCGGUGGAGCAAUUCACUCGCGUUGGGGCCGCUGGUUGGCUGGCGCUGGCGUCGAGAGUGGUGAAGGGAAUGUCGUAGCGCAGCAGCCUUAG